AUGACAAUAACCUUCGACGAUUCAGAUUCAACCGACGCGCAACAGGAACACCACGACGGGAUAGUCAUAUCGCUCCCAAUAGGCAACGCUCUCAUCAAAAGGAUAUUGAUCGACAACGGCAGUUCAGCAAACGUAUUGUUCUUAGAGGCUCUGCAAGAAAUGGGACUACAAGAAAAGAGUAUAAUCAGAAGGUCGACAGUCUUAGUAGGGUUUAGUGGAGAGUCGCUACGAACAGUAGGGGAGAUAUCGCUGCCUACGUACGCAGAAGGUGCGACAUACGAACGAUUGGUCAACAAAAUGUUCAAAGACCGACUUGGAGACACAAUGGAGGUCUACAUCGACGACAUGCUAGUAAAAUCGAGGAAGGUUGAUGACCACGUGGAACACCUGCGACAAUCCUUCGACAUAUUGAGGAAAUACGGUAUGAAGCUUAACCCAACUAAAUGUUCUUUCGGAGUGUCUGCAGGAAAAUUCUUAGGGAGAGUGGCGGCACUAAACCGUUUUAUUUCACGGUCGUCGGACAAGUGUCGUUUACUCUACGACGUCUUGCGCAAAAACAAGGGUUUUAGCUGGUCCGACGACCACGAAACAGCUUUGCAAAACCUCAAAAAAUAUAUGAUGUCGCCACCCCUCCUGUUCAAACCCAAAGAAGGCGAAGUCCUACAACUCUACCUAGCCGUCAGCUCGACAGCAGUCAGUGCGGUCCUAGCUCGAGAAGACGAAACGCAACAACUACCUAUUUACUACAUCAGUAAGUCACUACUAGAAGCAGAAACCAGGUAUUCCUCCCUCGAAAAACUCGUUUUAGCACUCGUUACUGCAGCCAAAAAGCUAAGGCAUUAUUUUGAAACUCACCAAAUAGUGGUGAUGACUAACUAUCCAAUCAAGUCUGUGAUGCGUAGACCAGAACUAACAGGUCGAAUGGAGAAAUGGACGAUGGCGUUAGGAAGCUUCGACAUCAAGUACCAACCGAGAACGGCUGUAAAAUCGCAGGCCCUAGCAGAUUUUGUGGUAGACUUUAGCCCCGACUUGGAGAAGAUAGCAGACGACGAAGUCAAACUCAUCAAUAACGUAGAAGAGAUAUGGACACUCAUCGUCGACGGUUCAUCUAACUUCCGCGGUGCAUGUCUAGGCGCCGUGCUAAAAUCACCACAAGGGGACAUGAUAGCACAGGCCAUCUGCUGCGAUUUCAAAGCGAUGAACAACGAAACAGAAUACGAGGUGCUAAUCGCCGGACUGACGUUAGCUGAUGAACUGGGGGCAAGCGGACUCAACAUAUUCAGCGACUCACAAUUAAUCGUCAACCAGAUCAACGGCGACUAUGAGGCUAAAGACCUAAAAAUGACCUUAUAUCUCGAGAAAGCAAAAACGCUAGCCUCCAAAUUUAAACCCCUUUCCAUUAAACAAGUACCACGAGACUUGAACACACAAGCCGACGCCCUUGCCAAUCUAGGGUCCGCACUCAGAAAAUCACCAUUCUCGACCAUACCUCUAGUACACCUACUGUCACCCGCUGUUGAAAAGGACAUACCACAAGACGCCAGCCUCGUCCUAUCAACCACAAACACAGAUAGCUGGACCAAACCCAUUCUCGACUACCUAACACACGAAACCCUACCCGACGACAAGCUCGAAGCCAGGAAAAUACUUUUCAAAGCAUCACGAUAUGUUAUUUUGCAGGGCAUACUAUUUAAGAGAUCAGCGAACGGAAUGCUGAUGCGAUGCGCGGGAAAAACAGAAUGGGAAAGGCUACAAAAACAAUACCACGAAGGAGAAUGCGGCAGAGACGAAGGAGGACGAAGCUUGUCAACUAGAAUCAAAAGAAACGGAUACUAUUGGCCAACAAUGCUCAAACACGCGAUGAGAUACGUAGCUAAGUGCGACAAAUGUCAACGACACGCAAGUAUGACGCAUAAACCGUCUGAAUUCUUACACCCCACUUUAACUCCGUGGCCUUUCAUUAAAUGGGGAAUGGACAUCGUCGGUAAACUACCCGUCGCCCCAGGACGGAAGGUCUUCAUGCUAGCUCUAACGGAUUAUUUUUCUAAGUGGAUAGAGGCAGAUUCGGAGUACCAUCAGAAAUCAUAUGCGACAACGGAUCACAAUUCAUCAGCGACAAGACUAGGGCUUUCUGCAAGACAUGGAACAUCGAGCUAA